AACAAGUCCAUUCGUCGUUCAACUGUCGCGCGAGGGAAGCACCGACGCAACGCCCUCCGCCCUCCCAACACACGCAUCCAUCCAGCACCUAGUCGAUUGCACCUGCCGCCUAACUCCACAGUCACCCGCAAUGCCGACCCCCGAGUCCGAGGCUUUCCUGGCCAAGAAGCCGACCGUGCCACCAACCUUCGAAGGCGUCGACUACGAUGACAACAAGCGCCUCAAGCAGGCCCAGGACGCCAUCAUCCGGGAGCAGUGGGUGCAGGUCAUGAUGGGACGGCUCGUCCGGGAGGAGCUGAGCAAGUGCUACUACCGGGAGGGCGUCAACCACCUGGAGAAGUGCGGCGCUUUGCGAGAGCGGUAUCUGCAGUUGCUUGAGAAGCACAGAGUUCGGGGUUACCUGUUUGAACAACAAAACCAGCAGGCGAAGAACGCAUGAGGGGAACCGUUUUCCGGGCAUCUUCAAAUUCAUCUACAAGCGAUUCUCGUCGCAAUUGGCCCAGGUAAAUGGAUGUUGAGAGAAUCCCUCGAGUUGAUCGGGCGGGAGACCUGCGGCUGGUCUACGGAAAUGUGCAUGCAAUUGGAGCCACAGGCUCUUGCAAUCUGUGCAUCUAGACAGUGAUUUGAAGACAGAAGAAAAUAUUCACCGACCAAAUGCCAUGUAUACCCCACCAUGGCAAAGCCAUUGAACG